CAUAAUCUGUGGUGCGCCAAAAACUCAAAACAAAAAAUGUCACUUUGUGCAAGUGCAUUUUAUUUUUAGAUUUUUAUUGUUUUAGUAUUGUGUAAGCUAUAAGUUUUUGAGUUUUUAUGUGCGUAAUAAAGUGAAACGAUGUUGGUAAGGCGUCUCCGUGGUGGUUCUCGGGUGUUAAAAGUACAAAAUGGCAUCUGCGUAGCUGCGCGAAAUUAUUCAAAUCGUCUCGAUUCCUUGGACAACGAAGAAAGAUUGGAAGGAUGUCUCUCUGCUUUGCCUUCAAAGGCGAAGGUGGUGAUAUGCGGCGGAGGAGUCAUGGGAGCUGCAGUGGCGUAUCAUUUAGCGAAACGAGGGUGGGGUGACCAGACUCUUCUGAUAGAAAAAGAGCUCGCAGGAGGUGGCAGCCGAUGGCACUCUUCGGGUCUGGUGGGCAUGUUCAAGCCGUCACUCGCUCAAGUUCGUCUUGCCCAAUCUUCUAUACGGCUUCUCCAAGAACUGGAAUCACGUGGGCGGUCUACUGGCUGGAAACAGUGCGGGUCGCUGCUGCUUGCUAGAACAAGAGAUCGGAUGACCGUGUAUAGACGAAUGAAGAGCCAGUCUGUCUCAUGGGGCAUUCCAUGUGAGUUGGUCACGCCGAAACGCUGCCAGGAGAUAUGGCCCAUGCUGAACGUAGACGACAUCUUAGGCGGCCUGUGGAUACCAAACGAUGGGGUGGGAGAUCCUCACCUCUUCUGCAUGUCUCUGCUGAAAGAAGCGGUGGAAAAUGGAGUGGGAGUGAUGGAAAACUGCUCAAUCACCAAAGUAUUGUCAAAAGACGAUCGCGUUUGCGGCGUGGAGACGACGGCAGGGGCCAUCGAGUGCGAAUACUUCGUUAAUUGCGCAGGCUUUUGGGCCAGACAGGUGGGUCAACUCAGCAAUCCACAAAUAAAAGUACCACUCUUGCCAUGCGAACAUUAUUACCUGCACACAAAGCCGAUAGAGAACUUAGAUCCUAUGACACCAGUGGUCCGCGAUCCAGACGGAUACAUUUACCUGCGGGAAAGAGAUGGCUGUAUAUUGGCUGGAGGUUUCGAGCCGGUGGCCAAGCCGGUGUACGAAGAAGAAAUAACAUCUGCGUCUCAGCGCUGCGUGCCGGAAGACUGGGAUCACUUCCACGUGUUACUGCAGCAGCUGUUGAAGCGAGUGCCAGGGAUGAGUCAGGCCGUGCUGCACCGCCUUUGCAACGGACUCGAGGCAUUCUCUCCAGACUGCAAGUGGAUCGUCGGGGAAGCGCCCGAGAUGUUCAACUACCACGUCGCCGCCGGAAUGAAGACGGUCGGCAUUUCAGCCGCCGGCGGCGUGGCGGAGGCGACCGUGGACGAAAUAGUCGACGGCUACACGAAGUACGACAUGUACGAGUUAGACAUCAACCGGUUCCUGGGCCUUCACAACAACAAGCGAUUCCUCAGAGACCGGGUUAAGGAGGUGCCAGGUGUCCACUAUGGCCUGCCGUACCCUUUUCCCGAGUUCGAGACCGGUCGCAACCUACGCUUGUCCCCGAUCUACCCGACGCUCCGGGACAAUGGCGCUGUCUUCGGCCAAGUGAUGGGGUAUGAAAGACCCACUUGGUUCGAAACUGUAGACACGACGAGCGAGCCCCAAUCCCCGCGCCCGUUCAAGAUAGCGUACACCAAGACGUUCGGCAAGCCGCACUGGUUCGACACUGUUCAGAGGGAGUACUGGGCGUGUAGGGAGGCUGUGGGACUGGCGGACUACUCGUCCUUCACCAAGAUCGACUUACAGUCCAAAGGGCGCGAAGUGGUGGACCUUCUCCAAUACCUGUGCUCCAACGACGUGGAUGUAGCUCCAGGCAGCAUCAUCCACACCGGGAUGCAGAACGAACGCGGCGGGUACGAGAACGACUGCAGUCUGGCCAGGAUAUCGGAGAACCACUACAUGAUGAUCGCGCCGACCAUCCAGCAGACACGCUGCAAAGUGUGGCUGAAACGUCACCUGCCACGGGACGGCUCGGUGACGCUCUCUGACGUCACAUCCAUGUACACAGCAAUCUGCGUCAUGGGUCCGUUCACCAGGACACUGCUCUCGGAGUUGACUGACGUCGACUUGUCCCCGUCGAACUUCCCAUUCUUCACGUUCAAGGAACUAGACGUCGGGCUCGCUAACGGAAUACGUGCGAUGAAUCUGACGCACACUGGCGAACUUGGAUACGUGCUGUAUAUUCCAAAUGAGUUCGCCCUUCACGUAUACAACCGCCUGAUGACGGUAGGCGAGAAAUACGGCAUCAGUCACGUGGGAUACUAUGCGUCGCGCGCGCUGCGGGUGGAGAAGUUCUUCGCGUUCUGGGGCCAGGACCUGGACACCAUGACCACGCCGCUGGAGUGUGGGCGCACCUGGCGCGUCAAGUUCAACAAAGACAUCCCCUUCAUUGGGCGAGAGGCCCUGCUGAAGCAGCGUUCGGAAGGCGUCCGCCGGCAGUACGUCCAGCUGUUGCUGACCGACCACGACCACGAGCUGGACCUGUGGUCCUGGGGCGGCGAGCCCAUCUACCGCGACGGGAACUACUGCGGACAAACCACCACCACCAGCUACGGAUUCACGUUCAAAAAACAGGUUUGCCUCGGGUUCGUUCAAAACAUUGACAAAGACGGCGUCGCUCAGAAGGUGACGAAUGACUACGUGCUUGGUGGACAUUACGAGAUCGAUAUAGCUGGUAUAAGAUACGCCGCCAAGGUGAACCUGCACUCGCCGAACUUGCCGACAAAGUACCCCGAUAAGGAGCGCGACGUGUACCAAGCCACGAGGAAGCUUCACGAGCCGCACCAGUUUCUCGGCCGCCAUUACCAGCCUUAGAACUACGAUACGAAAAUACGCUCGAUUUCUUGGAUUAACUCGGCUUCAGCAAGACAGCUUAUAUUCACUUCAAAACUUCAAUAUAGCAUCAGUUUCCAAAUGAAUCGCCACCACGACCCGGCCGUAGCAUCGCUUCGAAGCAGCAGAAGAUUCUUGAACGCUGUUUUCGUAUUUUCAAUUCUGUCUGUCCUCGCUCUAGCGAAUUGUUCGUUAUGAACGUGAGUGAGAUUGAAAAUACUGAAACUACGUUAAACUAAACUAUUGUUAAACCUUUUUGAUAAGUCAAUUAGAAAAAUAUCGGUGACAAACUUGACUUGGUCAUGAAAUGUUUUGUAUUGAUUUGUUAACCAAUGGGGUAGUAUUGUUGAUGUUAACCUUAAGCAAUAUUUAGCUGCUAAGAUCAUAUUUUAUAUUUAGAAUACUUACAGAUGAAAGUUCACUUCCCAAAGUACUUCCUAACGCAACUUCAAGCAACUCGUGUAGCAGAACACCAAAGUUGUAGCGUCAGUCUCUCACUUUGUCACUCCUCGCUUGAUAGGUUUAUUACCAUAACUAGCGGCCGCCCGCGACUUCGCACGCGUGGUUCCCGUUUUACCCCCUUAGGGGUGGAGUUUCGUAAAAUCCUUUCUUAGCGGAUGCCUACGUCAUUACAUCUACCUGCAUGCCAAAUUUCAGCCCGAUCCGUCCAGUUUGGGCUGUGCGUUGAUAGAUCAUUAUGUCAGUCAGUCUCCUUUGAGGUAUAUCUAUGGUAUGGUUUAGAUAUAGCUAUGGUAUGGUGUAAUACUCGUAGAUACUAGUAAAGAGUCGCCACAUAUCUAUACUAAUAUUAUAAAGCUGAAGAGUUUGUUUGUUUGUUUACUUGAACGCGCUAAUCUCCGGAACUACUGGUCCGAUUUGAAAAAUUCUUUCAGUGUUAGAUAGCCCAUUUAUCGAGGAAGGCUAUAGGCUAUCACACAAAAUCACUCUACGAUUAAUAGGAGCAGAGUAACAAUGAAAAAUGUUGCGAAAACGGGUUUUCACGCGUACGAAGUCGCGGGCACAGCUAGUUUAUCUAUAAAUGUUGUGACAUUUGUAACCUAUUUCCAUCAGUGUGAUCAUCAUCGUCAGGAUCAACAGGUAAUCAGGUCAACAAAUGGAGGAUUUAGCCUACAAAGUGAGAUCAUGUUUUUAUUCUUGCCUAUUGUUAUUUUAUAGUUAUAAAUGCCGGCUUUUGCCAACAUUAGGGCUUCUCAAAAUUUAAGACUGAGAAUAAUAGAAAGUCUAAAAGUUUGAUGGACUCAACAGCCUGAAAUGAUAUUGUUAUAAUAUUAAUGUUAAAGUUACUAUUGUAAGUAGAUUUGAACUUGUACUCAUUUGACCCAGUAGCAAUAUUAUAUGAUAUUGAUAUUGAAAUGACAAUAAUAAACUCUUCCAACUAUGACACAAUACACCCAGCCUCAAAUAAUUAAGUAUACCUAAGUUACUGAAGAUCCUUUCAGUAAUAUGAAGUUAUACUUAACAUAAAAUGAAGAUAUAUUAUAUUAUACCUACAUGACUCCAAGCAUACAUUUUUGUUCUUAUUACACUAAUUGUCCUGUAGAUUUGAAACCCAAAAUCGCUGGCAUUAAAAUUUGUCACGCGACCCAUAUAGCGUUCAAAUGUAUUUUUGAGUAAAAUUAUGGCCCAAAGGCGAGCGGAGAGCGGAUUGUGUUAUGAGAUUUGGUUGUAAUUAAUUCGAAAUUGUAACUUUAGCUAGAUUAUAGUAUAAUAUUUAUUUGAUACAGCACAAAAUGUAAAAAAAAUUUUAAGCUUUUGCAAGCAAUAUUAAUUGAUUAUCAUGAAUGAUAUUAUUACGUUAGAAUUGAAAACUGGUAUACUAUACGUUGUUGUAUUUAUUUCAUGUGGUAUAUUUAUAUAAUAUGUUGCUUCUUUAUUACUGUUCUAACAUGGACUGUUGAAAAUGUAGGUACUUAGUUGUUUAAGCUAAUGAGUGGUAUUUUCCAAAGCAAUAAACUUGCAAGCCAUGCUAAUAUGACAUAGCGACAUAUAACCCUGUCUGUCAACUUUUUGCUCUUAUACGUCUGAAACGGAUUUAGAUGAAAUUUGGCAUAGAUACUCUUAGACAAUGAGGAAAACUUCAUGAACAUCAGAUCUAUGACGAAUGGAGGAUUUGGCAUAUUCGAUGAUUUUUGAACACUAAAUUCACGCGAGCAAAUGCAAGUUUAACCUACUCAGCGCCACGGUCGUAUAAAAAAUAAUGUCAACCAAAUUAAAAACACAUUACACAAAACUGUCUUUAUUAUAUUGUGCGUAUUUUUACGAUUGCCUGCAACCCUAAACUUACAUUUAUAUUAUAAGGGCUCUUGUUUAUUCCCAAAACAGAAAAUAACUUUUCCUACCGUUCCAGAUGAGACCAUUACCAUAGAAUGGAGCCUGGGAGACAGCUCUGGUUGUUAUUUUGGAUAUUCUUGGCCGUCAUAUUUAUGUAAUUAGAAACUACUGUCGUGAUUUUGAUGUUUUAUGAAUUAUAGAAAUAUAAUUAAAUACAUUGUAAAACUAUGUAACGAUUUCGAUGUGUCAUUUAUCCUUAUUGUCAUAGAUUAAAAUACAUUUAUGUAAGUCAAUUAUUGCAGGAUUUCUUUAUACAAUUCCAAUCCGUCCGUCAACUGUUAAAUGACAUUGGGAACUUUUUGCCCCACUUUUCGAAAAGUAGCGGACACAAACGAAACCUAUCACAGAUGAUACAUACUAAUAUCCAAUGAAUUUCCGUGCAUUUUUUUUUCUCUCUUAUAUGGGAAUAUUGAGAAAAUGAAGUUUUAAUAUUUUAUUUUAUUUUACAUUUAGGUAACAUUUUUGACGACCUCAGUGGCGGAGAGGCGCACACACCGGUUUUCAAGGUGUGCCGAGCCAAUCCUGAGGUCCCGGGUUCGAUUCCCGGCCGGGACAAUAUAGAAAACGAUCUUUUCACAUUGUCUCUGGUUUGGGUGUGUUGUGGUUCGUCGUUCCCGAUUUCCAUAACACAAAUGCCUUAGCUACUUAUUUUGGGUUGGAGUAAUAUAUGAGAUGUUGACUAAUAUUAAUUUAAGUAUUUAUAAUAUUUUAUUUAUUUAUAUUAUUUUAUUUACUUUUAUUGGUUACUCUGCAAUGCCAAACAACAUAACAUGUAAAAAUAUCAAAUCAUUUUAGACAAAUAUAUUUUCAACUUAGACUCGUCAUAUCUCAGAAUUCCCAUAUCUCACAACAUAGCGCUUUAAGUGAAUAUACCUACAAGUAUAAAGCUUUGAAAUAAAAUACGUUUCAUUUUUGUCCGCCCUGGGGCAUUUUCUCAUAUUAAAGUUCCCAAUGUCCUUUGAAUAUGUUUUUGGUCAAAAUAUCUGCGGUUUUCGAUGUUUUUAUUGUUACAUUGUUUUGUUUAUUGUCACAUUGUUUUUAUAAGUCAAUUUAAACAAUAUUAAAGUGUAAACGCAUCGAACAUCGACAGUUGAAAUUCGGAUUUGGACAAGGUUUGUCAUAGGAUGUUUUUUUUUCUAGACGAAGUUGAAAUAAUUAUACCAUUUUGACCCUUAACUUCUAUAGCAUUAGUCAUUAGGUACUAGUAUUAUAACAUUGUCUGUGGUAGGUACUUAUCAUCUAAAACGUUUAUUCGAAUACAUCUUGUAUGACUAUUCAAUCGUUUCAUUGAUCUUUAUUGAUAUUGUCAUUGUUUUUUAUUAUCUAAUGACAGAUUGAAUAUAUUGAAAAAUUGUGUGACGAUUCCAUUGUUUUGUUUCUUUUGUACAAUAUCUGCAAUUAAACCUUUAAAUAAAUAUUGUAAUUACCAGUAUUGUCAUUGUUUUUUUAUUGUCUAAUGACAAAGUUUGAAUAUAUUGGAAAAUUGUGUGAUGAUUCCAUUGUUUUGUGUUUCUUUUUUACAUCUACUAAACCCACAGACUAAACCUUCAAAUAAAUAUUGUUAUUAUUACCCUUACUAGUAUUGUCAUUGUUUUUUUUAUUGUUUAACUAGCUUUUGCCCGCGGCUGAACUCGCGUGAAAUUUAGUUUGUCACAGAUCGUCAUAAAUUAUACAUAUCAUGGCAUGUUAAUCUGGGUUAUAAACAAUAAUACUGUAAAGUUUCAUCAAAAUCCGUUCAGUAGUUUUUGCGUGAAAGAGUAACAAACAACCAGACAUCCAUACAAACUUUCGCAUUUAUAAUAUUAGUGGGAAGUAGGAUGACAGUUUGAAUAUAUUGAAAAAUUGUGUAACGAUUCCAUUGUUACUUUUGUGAAACAUCAUCUACUAAACCCAUAAAUAAAUAUUGUCAUAUCCAGUAUUGUCAUCGUUUUUUAUUGUUGUCUAAUGACAAAGUUUGAAUAUAUUGAAAAAUUGUGUAACGAUUCCAUUGUUUCUUUUGUGAAACAUCAUCUACUAAACCCAUAAAUAAAUAUUGUCAUAUCCAGUAUUGUCAUCGUUUUUUAUUGUUGUCUAAUGACAAAGUUUGAAUAUAUUGAUAAAUUGUGUAACGAUUCCAUUGUUUCUUUUGUGCAACAUCAUCUCCUACUAAACUUUUGAAUAAAUAUUGUUAUUACAAGUAUUGUCAUUGUUUUUUAUUGUCUAAUGACAAAGUUUGAAUAUAUUGAAAAAUUGUGUAACGAUUUCAUUGUUUGUUUCUUUUGUGCAACACAUCUCCUACUGAACCUUUCAAUAAAUAUUGUUAUUACCAGUA